UUGAAACCUAACUCGUGCGAUCUCGCUUCUGCGACAACCCGGACAUAGUACGAGGCAAAUGGGGGAGCACGACCUCACAGGGAAGAAUUCGUCCCCCAGUUCCGACUUGUCCAGACCAUCAGCAGUUCGACAUUGUUUGAUUGACGCUUCACCCUGCAAUUGAAAUGACAGCCGUGUGUCGUUGUCGUCGGCCCCUCGGCUUUUUUUUCUAGUGCCUCUACAUCUUAUUUGACAGAGUCGAGCGUCAAGAUUCACAACGUUCGCGAUCACCCGCGCAUGGUGAUGAUCUCAACGGUUCAUUCCCAUCCAAGCGCGAGGCAUCCCUAGCUCCUUCUGUAUCUUCAUCAGCUACUGAUCCAGGGUCCUCAACCAUACCUGAUGGCACACAAGUCGUGAUCACCAUGUUCUACAGGAACCCUAGCAGUCUGACGUGCCUGCCGAGUAUACAUCCUUGGUUUGAACAUCAGGCAUUGGAGCGGCCCCUGGCCGAAGGCUUCUGCGAGAUUGAUAUCAGGCAUGAACAUUUGAUUGACAUGAUGUCGAUAGCACGAUGCGGUGUCGUGUUUGAUGGGACAGUAGAGGUGCUUGCAUCGGUCAUGCGUGUGUGGACCUACAUAGUCCUCUUCAUCAACAGCACUACGCCACUGAUAUAUGUGGGCAGGAAAUUUGGGUGGGCUCUUUCGAUGUUGCUUUUGAAGUGUUUAACACUCGAAUACGGAUACGAGUCUGAUCCAAGACGAAUGCCUCUUCAGUCACGUCAUACAAUUGGUGCUGCAUUAGUAUUGGACAGCGGUAGGACAUUGAGUGCGGUUUCCCAUGAAACGAUGCAAUCAAUGUUGCGGCUGCUUCGGGUUACUGUUGAAUCCCGUCUGGUGCCAAUUUAUUCCGGCUUUCUCCAUUUUAUAUUCGCCUACUCACCGUUCUGCUCGCUAGGCAUAAAGCUUCCUCAAUCACUAACCGGUUACCAUAAAAAUCCGCGUGUUCCCUCGUCACAGGACGAAUAACGAUCAUACAUAACAUUGAGCGGUGCAUGUUUAUUACGUUUCAUAUCUCUCUUACACUUCUCCCGCAACAUUUUUGAUUCAUUAGCUGGCGUUUCCCCACUAACCUGGAGGACCUUCGAUAUGUGUUGCAGCG